GCGUUUGGCAAGGAACGCGGAAACCGAAAAGAAUUCAUUACAAAAUUCACCAAAUUUAGAGUUUCGGCAAAAUGUUUAGUAGGAGGAAAAAAUCCCCCCGUCCCCAAGAAGGACACAAGAAGAACGAUCUCUCCAAUUUGCUUGGACUUGAUAUCAACCCAGAUGAAAUGGCUGCAUUAGGGAUUGGGGGGAUAGGAAUUGGUAAUGAUGAUGACGAUGAUGACGAGGAUGAGGAUGAUGAAAGCCUUGAAGCAGAACUGGCAGCUCUACAAGGGCAGUCAUCAUCUAGAGGAAAGAAGAAAAAACCAGGAAGAUCUAUGGUCGGAUUAGAUGAGGAUGACUUUGGAAAUGAUGAUGAUGAUGAUGAUGAAAUUGAUGAAAAUGACCCACAGCUCUUGGCUGAACUUCAAUGUAUUGCUCCAGGAGAAGAUGGCUCAGAGCAUCAUGAUCCAACCCCAGUCUUACUUCCCUCUGUCCCAGCGUCAACCAGCAGUGAUCAGGGUUCAAAAGGGAGUUCUUCACAAGUUGACUUGUUGUUAGAAAGAGAGAAAAACUACAAGCUGGCAAUAGAAAAUGCAAAUAAAGCUGGUGAAGGAAGCAAGGCCAGAAGAUAUGGCCGAGGACUCAAGGAAAUAGAACAAAUGAUCAAGCAGGCUAAAGCUGGGAAGGCAAUUGAUCUGGAUGCAGUUCCUCCACCAGUGGCCACUGGAGCUGCUAAACCUUCAGCUCCAGUUUCUUCUCAGCCAGUCCAGGAUUCUGUUCCUGAAGCACAAGUGGAUCAGACAGCUAAUAAGUCCAUAAGGCUUGAAACAACAUCCCCAGAAGAUGUAUCCAGACCUGUCCAAGAUGACAGUCAAAAGCCCAGUGAAUCCAAGCCUGGCAGUGAAGGUGCUCAGAAUAAAGAGCUUUUCAUGACGAGACGAAAUCAGUACAGAGUAGCUGCCCUGACCUGCAAAAAAGCAGGAGAAAUUCAACAAGCCAAACAGUUUUUGGCAGUGUCAAAGCAAAUAGAUUCAGCUAUUGAACUGUUAGAGAAAGGUGAAGCAGUAGAUAUUUCACAGUUACCUCCAGUACCAUCUGUCCCACAAGCAUCAUCAGCUAUGACUCCACCAGCCUCCCAAGAGUCAGUUGCACCCCCUGCUAAAGCAACACCAAGCAGUGCAGCUAAAGGAGAGGCAGGAGGGGAAAGUAGUUCAGCCAAAAGCUUGGAGCCUCCCCCUCCCCCUAAAAAUGUUGCAGAAGCUUUGCAACAAAGAUUGGAAAAGUACCAGCAAGCUGAAAACCAGGCUAAGCAAGAAGGCAACUCAAGCAAGGCACGAAGAAUGGGGCGCAUUGUUAAGCAAUAUCAAGAUGCUAUCAAAAGCCAUAAGGCUGGGAAACCUGUGGACUAUGAGGAACUACCGACCCCCCCUGGAUAUGCACCCAUACCAGGCGUAGCAGCUCCAGAGGAUGAACCAGCUGAAAACUUUUCUGUCCCUGAGUUUUCUGAGCCAAGGCAAGGGGCAGCACCCCAAACAACUGCUUCUCCUUCUGUUGCUGCUGGUGCUGCAAGCCCUGCUGCCACAAGUCCGUCUCCACAACCUGCCCUACAACCCACGUCAUCUGUUCGUAAAUCUCCUGGCCGCAAUGAACAGCAACUCAAUUACUUGCUUGAAAGACAGAAGGAGUUUAAGACAGCUGCAUUGCAGUCCAAAAAACAGGGAGAUCUUGAAGGUGCCAAGAACUACCUAAGAAUGAGCAAGGGUCUGGACAGAAUGAUUCUGAGUGCUCAGAAUGGACUGAAGGUUGAUUUAGGAUCAGUUCCCCCCUCUCCAUUUGCAGCUUCAAAACCUGCACCCACAAGAGAGUUAAGCUUUGAGAUGGUCCAAGCUGAAGAUUGUGAGCCAAAUCCUCAGACAUCAGAAGAAAAAUCUGAGCUAUUUUCACGAUUAGAGGAUGCCCUUAUUAAACAAAUUGAGAUGUGUGCCAGAAAUGCUCAACAUUACCAGAAGUUAGGUGAUAUAACCAACACUAAAAACUUUGACAAGAUGGCAAAGAAUUUAAGACAGGACCUUGAUUCAGUUCAAAGUGCCCGGAAAUACCAGGAUCCUCCACCAAAAUUCCAUUAUGAAGACAGAUCAUUUACAAUUGUUGAUUCAUUUCCAGAUCUGAGUGAUUCAGAGGUGGAGUUGACAAUAGUUAGAGGGCUCAAUAUACCUCUUCCCUCAGGUUAUCAACCAAAGGACAUGUACACUUAUGUAUCUUAUGAAUUUCCUUUUCCAAGUGCAGAUGAACCUCAGACCGGCAGGACACAAACUAUUAAGCACUCUAUCAAUCCAGAUUACAAAGAGGUUUUCAAAGUACAGAUAGAUAGGAAAAAUCGAUCUUUAGGAAGAAUUUUCAAGAGACAGCCCGUCAAAUUUGAAGUCAAAUAUGAAAGGGGCUUCCUCAAAGGUGACAAAGCUUUGGGACAAGUGCAAGUGAAGCUUACCCCAUUUGAUAACAAGUGUGAAAUUCACGACUGUUUUGAUGUAAUGGAUACGGAACGUGGACGAAAAGCGGUCGGCGGGAAACUUGAAGUUCACAUGAGGAUCAGAGAGCCGUUGGUGGAUAAAGAUGUGAAAGUUGAAAAAUGGAAAUGGCUUGUUAUUGAUGUUCACUUGACGUCCAGGAAAGCAGGCGCUGUUUCUAAGGAACCGGCUAAUUUGCCACCAAAACCUGGCAAAGUAACAAGAGGACCAGACGCCAAAUCAGCAGUUUGUUCUGUCAGUUGACAAGCUCGUGGCCUCUAAGAGGGAGGAUUAAACUGAAGACUGAAAACCAUACUUGUCAGUCAGCCAAGAAAUCCUGCAUUGAAAGUUCGACUAAGUUAAUUUUAAGCGCAUCGUUUCCCUCUGUACACUAUAUCGAGGCUUUCAUACGUCAUCACCAUGUAUCUGCAUUAUAUCGAGGCUUUUAUACGUCAUCACGGUAUUUAUCUAGGAGUACUUGACAUUUUUUUACUAGCAUUCUUUCAUCACAGAUUUUAAAGGAAAGUUAAGCUAUGGUUAGAAUCUAACAAGUGCAGCUGGUACUGCGCCUAAGUUUAGCAAAACAUCGUGGAUCAUAUUUGCCGAAGUUUGUGUUUAAGGAUGUGUAUAAAAGAUCAGAAAUACUCUUACCUCCUUCAUCUAAGCUGCGAGUAACAUAUUUUUUCGUUAUCCUUACUAAUUUUGAUAAUGAUAGAAAUAAAUUAUUAAGAUCCUUCAACAGUUCCCAUGUGUUUAUGUACUAGCAGGCUAGUUCUUCCACUUAAAAAUUAUCAAGAAAUUUGGUUUGUAACGCUGUAUAAAAUGCUCGAAGGAGCUUAAACUUCGUGUUUGUAUAUGUAGAAAUGCUUUUGCCUCGUCGUCGUUGUUGUUGUAUAGAAAACCAACAACUGUCGUAAAAAUAUGUAGUAGUUUAGGUUGACUAAGAAUUUUUAACACGAGUGCGAAAUAACAGUACAGAAAAGAGUGUAAAAGAGUGGAUUAAUACAGAGUAAUAUAUAUGACUUGAAAAAAUAGUAUUCGCCUCUUCACGUUAGAUAGACCACCUGUUCAGGCAUAACUUGUUUGUCAAGCAGAUAAUAUAAUAGAGAGAUUAUAAUAAAUACUGAUUUUUAACGUUUAUAGAAAAGACACUGCGGUUAGAAUCGUAUUGAGUCUUGGGCUCUGAGAAAAGAUAAAAUUAAAUGACCUCUGAUAAAUGGUGAAAAUCA